AUGGGUUGGUUUGGUGGUAGCAGCUCGGCUCAACCACCGUCAAAAGUAUCAUACGUUUCAGAAUAUAAGGAACCCGAAAAGAAAAAACCACAACAGUAUUUGGAAGAUCUACCUCCAAAGUUUGAAGAUUCGGAACCACAAUCAAGACCACAAACAUCAUCUCAACCAACUUUGAAAGAUGCAGCUAUGAGCAUCCGAUUUUCUGAUUUCAAUGUAGAUAGGUUCGUGAACAUGCCUUGUUUCAGGGAAGCUAUGAUAACGGGAUUUCAAGCAAUGGGAGUGCUUGGUGUUGUGACUUUCUUAAUUCAUAAAAAUCCAAGUAAAGCUUUGAAUUGGUCAAUGGGGGGAUUUUUUUUAGGAAACUUAGUCGGUUGGGAGCAGUGUAGGUCGUUGAGACGAAGAUCAUUCGAGAUGGUGGAAAAAGCUAAACUCGAAAAAGAAGAAAAACAUAAACGAAAAUGGGAAAGCCUAAAAAAGAGUCAAGAUAGUGAUGAAGAUUUAAAAAAUUUUGAGAAUUUUAAUAGUAAGAAAUAG